ACAAAAUGAAAUUAUUUUUAGUUUUAAUGUUUUAUUUUGCACAUGCUGAUGAGGGGUUAAACUUUUUAGUAUUGGGAGAUUGGGGUGGUCUGCCAACUGCACCAUUUUCAACUGACAUUGAAGAUGGAACUUCUAAGCAGAUGUCAAUUAUUGCUGAUAAAUAUAAAGUUGAUUUUGUGGUAGCAUUAGGAGACAAUUUUUACUUUGAUGGUGUUAAGAAUGAGCACGAUCCUCGGUUUGAACAGACAUUUCAUUCAGUAUUUAAUGAGCCUUCUUUGCAAGUACCAUGGUAUUUAAUUGCUGGAAACCAUGAUCAUCAUGGAAAUGUAUCUGGACAGAUUGCUUAUUCAUCUCAUAUGAAAUUCUGGAAUUUUCCAGAUUUUUGGUAUUCAAAAAAAUGGACAUUACCAAAUAGUAGUCGGACAUUACAGCUGGUUAUGCUAGAUACGAUCAUUUUAUGUGGAAACACUGGUUAUGACGAUUCUCUCAUGCAACCAAGUGGUCCCAAGGACGAGAAACUAUCAGAAAAUCAAUGGAAUUGGUUGGAACAGCAACUUGCCAGUUCUAAAGCAGAUUAUCUUAUAGUUAGCGGGCAUUUUCCAGUAUGGAGUAUUGCUGAGCACGGACCAACAAAGUGUCUUGUAAAACGCCUAAAACCACUUCUUGAAAAAUAUAACGUAACUGCUUAUUUGAAUGGUCAUGAUCAUAAUUUACAGCAUCUAGUUGACUCAGGUAUUCAUUACUACGUGAUUGGUGCUUCAAAUUUUAUUAAAUACGACAAAACAAAUGCAAAAAAAGUUCCAAAAGGCUCUCUUCAAUUUUUUUGGGCAGAUGAAUCAAAGUUGGGAAGUUUUGCGUUAAUAAAUGUCUCCAACGAGUUUCUAAAAUUAAGCAUGAUUGACUCUUCUGGACUAUGUUUGCACGAACAAACAAUGCAACCAAGAAACACUUGAUUAUUUAUAUGAAUUAUUCUUUUAUAUAAAUUCUAAUUAUUUUUUUUAAUUAUUUUUUAAAAAUUAAUGUAUAAGUAAAAUUUUUUAUUACUUUUUUUAUUAUAUAUAAAAAAUUUUAUAUUGUUGAUGCUAAUAUAUAUUUUAAUGAAGAAAAAA